UACACGAAACACCGUCGGUUCCCUCAGAAAAGACACACACUAAUUGUCCAAUUCAAAGAAGAAAAACGAACAAGGGGGACUUAACUGUCAAAAUAUUCAAAACGAAUGUAUACUGACCCGUUGGUAUUUUUCGUGAGAAACAGGAGAGAUUUGCCUCGUUUAAAGAUGCCUUUUUGACAGAGCUGUUGCAGCUAUAGGAGCUCGAGACGAGAGUGAGGUGAAACGAAAGUUGGGAGCAAAAAACGAAUCUUUCCAAAAGGGAAACGACUGCACACGUCGCCUCUCCACUCACUCCCUUUCCUCGCCUUCAAGUCACAAACACGUCGGCUGAGAUGCGGCUGCCAGUUACCUGGAGUUAAAUGCUAGUCCAUGAGAGGAGAGUGCGAGUUUGGCCAAGGACGAGGAGAAAGAAGAAGAGGACUAUUUCCUGAAACAGAGGGACCGAGGGACAGAGCAGGGAGAGGACAUGUCUCUUUGGGUCAUACUACCUGUUAGUCUGCCUUCCUUGACCAUCACUGGAAUAUGGGUUGUGUACGUCAUGGCCCUGUACAACCAGCACGUCUGCCCUGUGGAUAACUGGUUAUAUAACCAGUCGUGUGACAAGGAGCUGUACCUACAGAGUGGACCAACGUUGUGCUGUACUCUAGACAAUGUUCCACUCAUCAGUAAAUGUGGGACUCUUCCUCCAGAAAGCUGCUUCUUCAGCCUCAUCUGCAGCGCUGGAUCCUUCAUGGUGAUGGUGAUAGUAUUCCUACGUUAUGCCCAUGUGAUAGAGAAGUAUCAGAACUGUGUGUUGAACACAGCGGGCCUAACCACCGGCUGGAUCUGUGCUGCAGGACUCAUCAUGAUUGGCAACUUCCAGGUGGACAAUGCUAAGAUCCUCCAUUAUGUGGGUGCAGGGGUAGCGUUCCCCACCGGUAUGCUGUUUGUGUGUCUUCAGUCGGCUCUAACCUACAGGCUGGCCAAGACUCAGGGAGAAUACAGCCUGGCUCACCUACGACUGGGCAUGACACUACUGGCCUUCAUCACCCUGGUGCUUACUGGCGUGUUCUUUAUCCAGGAGAGCUUCGUCCUGCAGCACGCGUCGGCCAUCUUUGAGUGGGUAUUCUGCAUCAUCAUCAUGCUCUUCUACGGAACCUUCGCCUUCGAGUUCACCGGUGUCACAGGAGAUACUGUGAUGGUGCUAGCCAGAGGGGGAGCCCUGGGGCCCAACAGGAGAUGCCACAAAGUGGAGUCCCUAGGAGGUCCCAUUCCACACCCCCCUGAGUCCAUGUCAAUGCUGUAGUCCCUGGGAGAGAAGCCAGAGAGCUUGCCUGUACCAUUAUCAAUCUGGGGGAGGUGGAGGGACUUCUGAGUAUCCAUUGCCAAAACACCACCAUUGCAGGGUGUGAAGUGGACUAUGCCAAUGCCACGUAAGCCCGGGGGAGUGGAGUAGACACUAUGGGGCAGAUGGGAGUUGGUACUGUUCCCCUGUCCCAGCCUCAAAAGACAAUGCUUGUGUUUGCACGUCACUAAAGGAACCAAAUCCUCUUUUCCAUUUCUUUCAUUCCCCCUUUUUCCAGCCAAAGGAGGAGUGGUGCUUUACAGGAAGUUUUCCCUGCUGCUGUCUGAUGUCACUGUUGUCUGGACGCAGGUUAAGAGAGGAGGGCAGGCCACCAGACGGCCAGAGAGAGAGCGGGAGGCUAUAUCAUGAGAAAGAGAGGCUGAUGGAAAACUAGAGGAAUGCAUUAGAGAAAAGAGAGAUACUGCCUGUGUGGGAGAGCUAGGCCUGUGUAAUGUUAGAUUUGCACAUGAAAUCUCUUUAUUUUCAGAGACUGUUUAGUGAGCAGACAGCAGACCCCCAGUGCUAGAGUCCAAACAAGGCAAAAAGCUGCCGUCAUUUGUUCUUUAAAACGCACAAUAACAAUACCAUGACACCCGGGUCUCACAUAGGUCCCAAUAUGCCAAAUGGAAUAUUUGGAAUAUUUAAAAUGGUUAAGUUGACUCUCCUCACAUGUAGUGAAAGACUAGCUAAAACGAAUGUGUUCAUGACAUGGAUGCUUUUCUGAUUAACAGUAUCUUGGUCAUUGAAACCCGGGUUUAAACCUGGGAAUAUCUGGCUGCCAGAAUGACCUUAUUUUUCUACUGAAGCUAUGUAAACAUGCCUUAUAAAGCUGGACAUUGUAAUGCAGACUACAAAUAUCAUUUUUUUCCCUCAUGGUUAUUAGAUAAACUUGAGUAUAUGGGAAGCCAAACCUCCAAUAGUAUUUUAUAUGUAAUGUCCAAAACAUUUGUAUUUUAUAAAUGUUGACUGUAAAGUUCAACCUAAACUUAUGGAUGUUGGGAGGGGAGAAGAGGACUGGAAGAAUCCAACUGUAAACCAGCUAAUACAAGCCAGAGCUGUGCCUGGGCUGAUCGAAUUAAAUCACAGAAAAUCUGAAAAAUAGAGAAUCUAUUUAUAGUCAAAGAAACAAUGAGUGGACACGCCUUCUCUAUUUCAGAGCUCCCUUUUUUCUAUUUGUCAGCCUGGGUGUCAAUCUGUUUCUGCUUCAGACAGCUUGUUACCGUCCCUGACGGCGUGUUACCGUCUCAGUCAACUUGUCAGUUGUUUUGCAAGGGUACAAUGUAUUGUUGAACGCUGAAACUACAGAACAGUCCUACACCCGGGUUAUCUUCUUGGCUUUGGCUUUCUGUUCCUUUAGCUUAUCCUGGCAUAGGGACAAAAGGGAACGGGAUGGAGCUUCUACUUGCUGCUGUUCUUCCAUAGAAUGUAGAAAACCAUCCGUAUCCAUUCUCCUGCCUGGAACUACACUGUGCCAAACUAUCCUCCUGCAUUUCAGAGCUUGUGCUAAGAGAUCUUAUUAUGCAAAUCUGUCUCCACUGUUUCAAAGCUGCCACAUUAGCUAUGAUAAUGAAUAAUAAAUUGGUGGUGCUUAUAUUUGUCCUAUUUCAUACAUGUACAAGUAUGUGUUAAUACGCAUGUGAUUUAUUAUAAAAAUAUUUUUUUGGUGCAUAUCCCAACUCUGGCUGAGACACCCGUGGAGAGUGGGGUCACAGCCAUUAUCAACGGCGACCCUGGAGCAAUUAGGGUUAAGUGCCUUGCUCAAGGGCAGAUCAAAAUAUUUUUCACCAUGUUGGCUCGGUAUUUGAACUAGCAACCUUUCGGUUACUGGCCCAAUGCUCUAAGCGCAGGCUACCUGCCACCCUAGCGGUGGUGGAUUGCAGAACGAAAUGUAGAACCUAUAGUUUUACAUUCAUCACAACAGCUUGAAAGUGAUUCUGAGAGAGUUUGUCACUUACUGAUGAAGUUAAUCUAAUAGUAAACUGGUGUUUGGAGGGAGAAAGUGGUCCAUUAGCGCCUUUUAGUGUAGACAGAUUACUGCACAGAGCUCUUUUACAUUUACGUCAUUUAGAAGAUGCUCUUAUCCAGAGCGUGUGCAUACAUUUUCAUUCGUACUGGUACCCCGUGGGAAUCGAACCAACAACCCUGGCGUUGCAAGUACCAUGCUCUACCAACUGAGCCACACGGGACCACCAUGCUCUUCUAUUGCUAUCAACUGGUUCAAAGUGGCCUUUUCAACUGUUGGAUGAGUAUAAGGCCUGUGUAUUCUGACUGAAUGCUAUGCCAACCAAUCCCCAACAUGAAGUUCAUCAUCUAUCUGUAUGGGGGAUAUUAGUGCCAGAAAAUGAAUUGAAUUCUGAUUAAUUGAAUCUCGGUUUUCAAGUGGCCUUUAAAUGCUAUUUUCUUGAAACUGUCUUAAUAAAUCUCACUUACCAAGUAUUGACUUACUCUGCCAAAGGUUAUCAAAUCAUAUGAGAGAGCUUCAAGAAGUAGGAUGAUGUUUUCACCUAGAUACUUAUCCAAGGUCAGUUUAGCAUAUUUCCUCUUUAAUGGUUAGGAUUGGGCCAGGGUUAAUGUCUACGCUGAGCAUCGUGGUCAUUAGUCACCAAACGGAAAUAAACUGGCUGAAACAGGGAGGGACUAACUGGACUACCUGUCCAAUGAAAAAUUCAAAUUUUGGAACAUUAUAAAACAUUUUCCGUUACAUGUCUUAAUGAAUAUGACCCUUGUCAAUGUUCUGUUUCUCUGUUUACUGAUCUACCUUCAAACUUUUGCCUCUCAGGAAUCUGUUACAUCACCAGCUGGCUGCAAUCAGUGAUUCUAAACAAAACUUCACUUUUUAAAGUAUAUUGUGUUUUAGGGAACUUGUUUUGACCAGUGGGUUGAUUUUACUUUUCAAUAUUGUAGUGCCAUUGGCUCUGCCCGUAUCUGACCUGAUUGGUCACGCCAUGGUUCCAUUGGUUCUAUGUUCUAUACAGAACCAUAUAUUUACAUAUGGAGCUGGUUCUAUGCUUUAUCAAAGAAGGUCAACACUAUACUGUAGAAAUAGCAGUGGUGUUUAUAAGUGCUUCAUUCAGACAUCAAUACGGUUGAUGGAUAAUCGCUAAAGUUUGGUUGCGUUUUAUUUUUACAUCCAAAGGUCUCUCUAAGGCUCUAAGUUGGUACACGUGUACUCACACAGAGUAGAGAACAUUCCUCUAUCUAGCUGUUGUCCUCAUUGGUAUGUUCAUUAAGGUCUUACCUACCUACAGAUAUCCAAAUUAAAAUAGUGCCUAGAGAACAUGUAUGUGCCUUUUUAUUUUGACGAAACCAAAGAAAGAGAUGUUCCAGGUUAAGUGUUUAUUAUAAUGAGAGAAGGAAGAUGUAUAAUUGCCUUAAAUUGUUCUACAAUAAAACUGUAAAAUAAAUUAACCUGUAUUUCAUCAUUCAGUGUUCUUGUCCC